AUGUCAGCUAAAGGUAAAGGAGGUCGCUCAAAGAAAUCCGGAAAGAGCACCAGCAAGUCUGCUAAGGCGGGUCUUCAGUUCCCUGUAGGUAGGAUCGGCAGAUAUCUAAAGAAAGGCAGAUAUGCUAAAAGAGUAGGUGCUGGAGCCCCUGUCUAUAUGGCUGCGGUACUUGAGUACCUUUGUGCUGAGAUAUUAGAGCUGGCAGGCAAUGCUGCAAGAGAUCAUAAGAAGACAAGGAUCAUCCCUCGUCAUAUUCAACUUGCUGUUCGAAAUGAUGAAGAGCUCAGCAAAUUUUUAGGAGGUGUUACAAUUGCCUCCGGUGGUGUCAUGCCCAAUGUGCAUUCAGUUCUCUUACCUAAGAAAAGCAAGAGUAAGAAGAUGUCGCAGUAG